GGUACUUUCAAAAAUAGAUUUCACGCCCGCGCCGCCGCCGCGAUGGAGCCAUCCUCAGAUGCAUUCUUCAUCGUUCGAUCAGGAACGACCAAGAAGAAGAAGACAAACCAUGUGCCACCACCAUCGUCUGCGGAUCAAGACAACGAUGAACACGUGGAUGUACCAUCAUGCAGUGGGGGGUCCGAAGGCGGCAACACGAUCAUAUUUCCCUCGUCAUCGUCGUCUAGUGCAUCUGGAAUAGGAAGGAUGCUACCCUCCAACAACAACAAGACGCCGGAUCAAUACGUGAUGACCACCAUGAAUCGGUGUGGAUCGACGCCGCAACUACCCCUGCAAAGUGCGCCAAAUUCACUUGCAUUUAGCUCCACCAAGAAGCGCAACAUGGUCAAGCCAUUGCCGUCGUCGUCAUCAUCCAAGGGAGCGCACCUCACACCAUUAUCCAGGACCGGGUCAUCCCCGUCGCCUUUUCUCCCAGGACAGCCAGGCACGACAAUUCCUGCGUCAUCCACCCUGUAUCUUCCCAUGCCCAUGGAGAAAAUCAAAGCAGACUACGAGCAUGUCGUGGCGUUGCAACGCACCAAGCAAAUGGAGAUGGAACGCGCCAUACUCGAUCUGACCAAACAGCUCCAAAAGGAACGCGCGUCGAACGACGUGCUCGCCGCCGAAACGCACUCGCUAAAGGCGUUGGUGGGGCAGCUGAACCAGCAGCUGGACGACGAGCGAAAGAUGUCGCUGCAGCAAAAGAAAGCGUUUGCCAAGCUCUCGGCUCGCUUUGUCGUGAUCAACGAAACCCUACACAAGAUGACGACUUCAACGAACCUCACGACCACCUCUGAUGGCACCAACCACAAUCACGCAGCAGGCAGCGCCGUCAAGACCGUCCUGCAUACCAUGUCCAAGGAGAACCAAGAUUACCAGCGCCGCAUCAAGGUGUUGGAGGCGCAACACAUGCAAGACAAGCGAAGUCUGGUCAACUCGGAAAAGAAGCUCAAAGCGAUCAAGAUGGAGCUUGAAUCGAUUGAACACAUGCAAAUGACACAAGCCAAGCCAGCAAUCGACGGCGGUGUCGAUAGGACCAGCAACGUUGUGGCGACCAACUGCAACACGUCCCUCCCAUCUUCGUCGUCGUCGGAGUCGACCCCUUCGCCAAAUGCCGCCGCCGUCGUCGUCGUCAACGAAGCAGACCCCCAUGCCGCCAUGAGCUCCAUCUUGGAGCAAUACAUCGACCCCAACAUCCUGCGCAUUCUGCACAAAGUCGACUCCCAAUUUAGCAUUUCCAACGCCAUCAACUUGUCGUCGACGAUGAAGCGGUGGCUCCACAGCUGCCACAGCAUCAACACGUCCGUGGACAUUCGGGUUGUGCUCGGAGAGUUGAUGAAAAAAGUAUGUGCGGUGCUCCAGUGCGACCACGCCGCAGUAUUUGUCCAGCUGUCGAACCCCAGAAAACUCAUCUGCCGAUGCACCAACGCCGGCGAAGCCAACAAUGUCGAAGUGCCGUGCGACAAGGGUAUCGUGAGCCACGUCUUGAAGUCGGGCACCCCGUGCAAUAUCGCCGACGCGUACGACGACCCGAGGUUCUACAGCCCCCAGGACAACUCGACAGGCAUCACGACCAAGGAUGUCAUGUGCGUGCCGAUAUUUGACGACAAAAACGACGCCAUUGCCGUGUUACGCGCGUGCAAUUCCGUACACGGGAAGGGGUUUUCACCCAAUGAUUUGAUUAUACUGGGGAUGUUUGGGAUUCAAGCAGGGAUCGUGCUGCAGCAAUUUCAGUUGGAGACGGUGCUCGAAACAUCACACACCAAACUGCUUCGUCUGCACGACAUGCCGAGGCAGUUGGCGCUCGAAUCCGUGCCCCAUGUCGAUAACGUCAGCCUCAUCCGGUUUGCGUUGGCCACGGAGCGCCAAUUCCACCAAAUCCUCGGCGUCACGAAAUUCAAAAUGUUCCUUAUCGACCCCCCCAACGACGACAUCGACGUCACGACGAGUACUAGUAGUACUACUAGUAGUAGUAAUCCUACUACUGCCGGCGGCCUCAUGUGGUGUGUGGGCAAGACGUUGGAUUCGAGUUGCGAUACGACGUUCUUUCGGCAAUAUUACAAACUGUCGUCGGGACUGUGUGGUCUCGCAAUUUAUCAUCCCAAGGGACUGACGAUCCCAGACCCGCUCACGCAUGCCAAAUACAAUGGCGCGAUCGACUUGACCAAUGCUGGGCAUGGGUUGUACAUCGUGCCCAUUCUGUCAUUAUGGGGGAAGCCCCUGGGCGUGCUGCAAGUCGGACGCACCGUCGUGCCGUUGGCCAAGGGCGGCCCCAAGGUCGAAAUGCUGGAAAAGCAAGCGGCCAACGAUGCGCUUAAAUUGCACUUGAUUGCGCUGUUUGCCCAGUCGAUUGCGGGCAUUUUGCACGACUUGAUGGCCCACGAGAUGUUGAUCAAGUGCCCGGAUGAGAUCAAACUGGCUCGCAUGGGAGUUCUCAAUGAAAGCUUGGCCGAUAACCCAUCGUCAAAGAACCUGCGACGACGUUCCAGCGAUACGAUAACCCAAGAUCAUCAAUUGAAGCAGUUUAUGGCGUGGGGGGCGACCAAAUCUCCACCAGACGACACCACCACGACCCUACCCACGUCGUCGUCGUCGUCAUUGCCGGCAUCGACUACGCUCAAGGCCCAGCUGCCAGUCACGGUGUCACAUAUUCCAACAACUCCAGAUCCAUCAUCUCGGGAACCCGCAACCGUCGCCACCGCUUCCAACACACACGAGAUAUCAACCACCGUCGAGCCGUCUUCUGCAUCGCGUCCUCCCACAACGGAGACCUCCACAGAACGGUCAUCGGAUUCCUCGGUACCUCUAGCAGCUCCAGCGUUGGUGUCAUCCCCUCGUGGGAACGAAGCAGAUUCCGCGUCGAAUCGAAUGCUGAUGGACACGACGUCGGCUGAUUCCGUGGAAGAAGCUCCAACGCCACUAGAGGCUACACAAGGGGAGGAGUUGUCGGUGGAGUGGACGGCGUCAACAUCCCUAUCAACAGCACACACAAAUCUGUCGGGUUGGAUGGCGUCGAGUCAUGCGACAAUUGACGAAUCGUCCGCAUAUACACAGGGCGACGAACAUGGCCACAUAACGGCGACCACCACCAACACGACAGCACACUCUUGGCCUGACGACGAGGGCGUCACCCGUUCAAAGCCAUCUUCGGCGACCUCCCACGACAUGCACAUGGAUGCCGACGACAAGAGGAGCACCAAUACACAAAUACACAACAACGACAACCAACCAUCCCUCGAGGACGAUCAUCACAGGCCAAGUGUGGACACUGACUUUCGAUCCAAGGACGCUUCCCAAGCCCUAGUCAUACCUUCCAACGACGCCCCGUCCGAUCCCCAUGCAGCCCUUUCAACCAACGAGACCAACAGCGAAAUCACCGCCUUGCUUGAAAAUCAGGACGACGAUCGACGAGGAGAUUUGGUUGACGCUGUCGUCGGCAUUUUUUACGACGAUCCACCUCACGAUGAGGGACCUUUGGCGGACAUGACCGCCGACCCAUCGACGCCGUCGUCGUCGUGGCGACUUUUGGCGGACGAUGUGGAUGAACAAUGUGGGUCCAACUCUCCAUAUGCAAUCAAUAUCGACGACGAUACUACUACUGCUGGCCAAGAGGCAGAGGGAAUCGACCAUGUAUAUCAUGGGGGCGAAGUUCACAAUGUGGACAAAGGUACGGGGGAGUACGUGGCUGACCCGUCGCUGCCGCCGGGAUGGUUCGCCAUUGCCCACGGCGACCACGUGUACUACGAGAACCCCCACUCAGGCGAGCAAACGUGGAUCAAACCCACUUGUUAACCAAUCAUGGAGGAUCACGUUUAUGUAUUCCCUGGUAUUAUUCACCCCUGGUAUUAUUCACGUGGUGCAUCGAGUAGAUGGCGUGUUGCAAUACCCCCCUCCCCUCCCCACUCCAGUACUCUAUAGAGUACUACUACUAGUACCAACGUUCCUACUAUUAUUACAGUACUACUACGAAC